AUGGCUCAAUUCAAUAAUCCUUUAUGUGAUUACAUCAGGAUCGGUUGGAUAUUCAUUACCGUGGUCAAUCAUAAUCAUCGAUUGGUUGAUACUCUACGAUCGCAACCACCAAAUUAUCAAAUGUUUGAACAUUAUCAAAUGUGGCCAGUCUAUCAACCGCUGUUGGAGCAACACAAAGAAUCAAAAAUGAAUGUCCAAUUCGAAUGGAUCGCCCAAUUCAAGAAUCUAACAUCGAUAAGUUUAAAAGUAAAGACAUGUCCGACUAUUAAGAGACGCAAACUCUUGGAUAUUCUUCAACCAGGGAUUGUGAAACUCAUACUUCCAAAGGAUUGGUGUGAAAAUCCAAUCAAACUCAAACCAGAUCUAGCCAACACAAUUCAAAUCAAGACUGGCGAUCCAAAUAGUUGGCCAAUUUUGCAAUCAUUGGAAGCAGUAUCAAUCAACUCACUUGGUGUCAUUCCAAUGUUGGAUAGAUUACCAAAACUCAGACAUCUCAGAAUCCUUGUCGGUAGUGGCUACCAACGUCCACCAAAACAUGGGUCAUCGAGAUAUAGAGACGAACAAAUGCGAUCCAUUCUUCCGUCUGGCGUCACCAAACUACAAUGUUGCCGUAAUCAGCAAACAUAA